GUCAGUAUUUAAUUUGGUAAACAUAAUACUCUAUAGAAAGCAUAUACUUUUUUUUGAACCAAUAAAACACUUGAUAUAUAUAAAAAACUUCAACAUGCUGCGUAUUCCUGGAAUGCCCCUGCUGCCGGGCACACUCUUUCGCGAUGUGGCCAAGACUCAUCAUCCUAGGCCGCAGUCCUUGAUGAAUUUCCAUGGUCUUAGUAUGCUAAAUGAUCGCCAGCAGCCGGCUCCUGUGGACUCGAGCGGCAUGGCGGUGGACAUAAGCUGCCCGCCCGUUGGAGCAGCUUCCAUCUAUCCGCCACGUUCGGGUCCCCGGAUGCCGCCUUGGCUGGCGUAUGACAAAAAGGUGCUCUGCUUUCGGGGUUACUUUAAGCAGACACUCCAGGAAGUCUUUCAUGCUCCCUAUCUGGUGCGCAAGGUUAAGAUUUACUAUUAUUUAGAGGAUGGUACCAUAGAGAUCUUUGAGCCGAGGGUGGAUAAUUCGGGAAUUGUGCAGGGUAGCUUAGUGCAUCGACAGCGAGUGCCCAAGGCACCACCGUGUGAUAAUGAAUUUAUGUCUUUGAUCGAUCUAAAUGUCGAUAUGACCGUGCAAAUAUUCGAUAGGCAAUAUCACAUCACGGAUUGUGAUUUGUUUACCAGACAUUUUCUAAACAAGCGUGGUAUCACGGUGCCCGAUCCAGUCCAGUCGCCAUGUGAUCCCACGGAGACCAUGCGGAAUCGUGAUAAAACCCAGACCCAUAUCUCGGCACCAAAAUGCCAUCCGUUUGCACAAUUUCUCAAAUACGAUCGGCAGAUUUUAAAAUUUCAAGGAUAUUGGGAUGAUCGAACCGAAUUUGGGGAUGUACGAAAGCUGGAAUUGUGUUAUUAUCUGGCUGAUGAUACGAUAGAAGUCAAGGAGGCUCAUGUUCGUAAUUCUGGUCGAGAUGGGCCCACGGUAUUUCUGAAACGUAACCGAUUGGCAAGAGAAUUCGAUGGAUUACCGCUGCCGGGACAGACAACACCACAGACUUUGCUCAAUGUUCUGGGCACUAAUAUGCGCAAUGUACGCUAUUGCGUGGAUCCCUUGAAUACGGGCAAUAAGGAGAUACUAUACUAUACAGAUCGUGAUUUGCAAAUUGGAAGCGUAAUUAAUGUGUACGGAAGAGCGGUGGUCAUAACCGAAUUGGAUCCUUACACGCAGCAAUAUUAUCGAGAACGUUAUGGCAUUCAUGACUUUACACCGCUACCCAUUCCCACCAGAUCCGAUGAUUGUGCGGAGAUAAAAUCGGGUGAACGCCAGUUGCCGCCCUUCAAUGGCUGGGGAAGCUACGAGGAUUCCGUAGGGAAUUGCAUAUCCGUAGAGCCAAAGCCACCCAGAUCGGACUUUAAGAAGUUCAUCAAAUACGAUCGCUAUGUCCUUCGAUUCGGCGCCAAAAUGCUUUCAACCAUCAAAGCGAACUGUGAGAGGAUAUUUGUAAUCAGUUACUAUUUGAGUGACGAUACGUUGCAAAUCCAGGAGAUAGCUGUACGGAACUCGGGAUUCAUGGGUGGUCAGUUCCUGAGACGAACCCGACUCGAGUUGCCCGGCCAGGAGAGAUUCUCGUGCAAGGAGCCACAGUAUUAUAUGCCAUGGAAUUUCUUCAUUGGAUCCACCAUAAUGCUGAGUGACUUUAUCUUCCAUGUAGUCUCUGCAGAUGAGUAUACGCUAAUGUUUAUGGAACACCAUCCGGAUCAGUAUCAUCGUGCAAAUGUUCCAAUUAUCAUGGAUAAGGUUCGCACUGCCUUGCAGGAUCGAAUGACCGAGUUUGUUGGAAAUUGUGUGCCGGAUUGCACUGAUUUGGAGAAGAAGGAGGAUGUAUUCAUUGGCUAUGAGAGCUUUAAGGGAGCAUUGAUUGCCAUAAUGGGAAAUACGAUCAGUGAUCACGAAGUCAUUACUCUUUGUCGCCACUUUUCGGCUGAGAGAGCUCCGCCCAAUGCCUGCAAGAGGGCCGAAGUUCAGGCAGCAGCUCAUCUGGAGAUUAAACGUUCACUUUGGAAUGCCCGAGAGGAUCUAAUGGAGCACUUCCAUCACAUUAAUCCCAUGAAUCAACCAUUUAUGCCAGAGCACAAGGUGCGAUCGGCUCUAAGGGGUUGUCGUUUGCCGUUCUCCUUGGAACUUAUUGACAAUAUUAUAUCGAUACUGAAUCGCAAUGAGUGCGAUGAUCUGGAGGUUUGCGAUCUAAUGAACUUUAUAGACGUUUCCUGCGGCAAGGGUUGCAACAUGGUGCCCGUGAAUCUUGCCUUUGAGCUAUGUCCAAAGAUUCCAUACCUGAAUUUGGGUCGUGUAGUGAACUUUGCCUGUUUCUUGCGCCAAUUGAAGCUUCCUUUGAACUUGCCAACGACAGGUGAGGGGGAAAAGGAUGCUAUAGGUGAUGCAAUGAUAAUGCCGCCAACAGUAGAAGAGGAAAGUGCGGUACAGAAACAUGGUUGAAACAGAAAAGGUUUAAAUAUGGGAAAAAAAUACUCUUCUUUGAUUGUAUUUAUUUUAUUUUGGAAUUAAAAGCUAC